ACGAGCUUUCCGACAAAACACGAUCCUUGCAAAAGAUACCCCCCCACCUCUCAGAGCCUUUUAAAAUCAUUCAUCAAACUUAAUCAAUCACCCUCGCCUUCACCAAAAAAAACCCAAAAGCCCAGGAGAGGAAAAAGGGGAAGAGAAUCUUUCGUUCUCUUUUCUCUCUUCUCUCUUUCCUCUUCCUUUCAGAGUCUGCCCGCUUCCCUUUGAUAUCCCAAUUAUUUUGGGAAUCUGGGGCAAGAUUUUCUGCUGGGAAUGCGGGUAGGUUCGUCUUACAUUUUCUUUGCUUGUAUAUAAAUCUUUAGGAUCAGGAAAGAACAAAGAAGACCCACUUUGCAUCUGUCUGGAGUUGUUGUUGUUGUCGUUGUCUUACUUGGACAACGUUUGUGAUUUCUGAGAUGGGUUUCUUGGUUGAUUCACAAGAGGGUUGUGGAAAGGGAGGUUCAUGGGGUGGUGUUAAAAGUUUGAUCAGAAGAAAGCAGGUGGAUUCUGUUCGUGUCAAGCCACGGGGUCAACAGUUGGCCAAGGAGUUGUCUGUUCUCCAUCUAAUUGCAAUUGGAGUUGGCUCAACAAUUGGAGCUGGAGUCUAUAUUCUUGUGGGAACUGUUGCUAGAGAGCAUUCUGGACCGGCCCUUACAAUUUCCUUUCUAAUAGCUGGAAUAGCAGCUGCUCUUUCAGCCUUUUGCUAUGCAGAGCUUGCAAGUCGUUGUCCAUCUGCUGGGAGUGCCUAUCACUAUUCAUACAUAUGUGUUGGAGAAUGUGUGGCUUGGUUGAUUGGUUGGGCCAUGAUACUGGAAUAUACAAUAGGUGGCGCAGCUGUUGCUCGUGGCAUAUCCCCAAAUCUGGCAUUGUUUUUUGGAGGUGGGGAUAAUGUGCCAGCCUUUUUAGCCCGUCAAUAUAUUCCUGGGCUUGAUAUUAUGGUUGACCCAUGUGCAGCAGUUCUAGUAUUUAUUGUUACUGCACUAUUAUGCGCUGGAAUCAAGGAGAGCACACGGGCACAAGUUAUUGUCACUACAGCAAAUGUAUGUGCCAUGACUUUUAUCAUAAUAGCUGGUGCUUAUUUGGGAUUCAAGUCUGGAUGGGUUGGAUAUGAACUUCCAACAGGGUAUUUUCCCUUUGGGGUCGAUGGGAUGCUUGCUGGUUCUGCGACGGUCUUCUUUGCAUAUAUAGGUUUUGAUUCAGUUGCCAGCACUGCCGAGGAGGUGAAGAAUCCUCAACGAGAUUUGCCACUUGGGAUAGGUGCUGCAUUGUUUCUUUGUUGUACGUUAUAUAUGAUGGUCUCUGUCAUAAUUGUUGGUUUAGUACCUUAUUAUGCGAUGAAUCCUGACACCCCCAUCUCCUCCGCUUUUGCUAGUCAUGGGAUGCAAUGGGCAGUUUACAUAAUAACUAUUGGAGCUGUCACUGCUCUCUGCUCAACAUUGAUGGGUUCCAUUCUUCCUCAGCCACGGAUUCUGAUGGCUAUGGCUAGAGAUGGAUUGUUGCCGAAAUUUUUCUCAGAUGUGAACAAACACACCCAAGUUCCUCUGAAGGGGACAAUAGUGACUGGGAUUGGUUCUGCAAUCUUGGCAUUCUUGAUGGAUGUUUCACAGCUGGCAGGGAUGGUCAGCGUGGGUACACUUCUUGCAUUCACCAUGGUAGCAAUAUCCGUAUUGAUACUCAGAUAUGUCCCACCAGAUGAGGUGCCAUUGCCUUCCUCUCUUCGGGAUUCAAUUGAUUCAGUGUCAUUGCAAUAUGGUAAGAGUACCCGGGAUGUUAAUGGAGAAGACUCUAAGGUUAAUGUUGCCACUUCUAAGGAUAGUGCUAAACCUUUACUUGGCAAAGAGGAUAAGUCUGCUGAAUAUCCGCUUAUUGCAAAACAGCUGUUUCAAGGCAACUAUAUGUUAAACGAUGAAAGUAGGCGGAAAAUUGCUGGUUGGACCAUAAUGUUCACGUGUGUUGGGGUUCUUCUUCUUACAUAUGCAGCUUCAAAUUUGGGUCUUCCCAGAUUUCUUCGGUUCACAUUAUGUGGAGUUGGUGGUACUCUUCUUCUAUCUGGGCUGGUUGUGCUGACCUGUAUAGAGCAGGAUGAUGCGAGGCACAGCUUUGGGCAUGCAGGAGGUUUUCUCUGUCCAUUUGUGCCGCUGCUACCUAUUGCUUGCAUUCUCAUCAAUGUCUACUUACUGCUUAAUCUUGGAGCUGCGACCUGGGCCCGUGUUUCUGUGUGGUUGAUAAUUGGAGUGCUUGUUUAUGCAUUUUACGGCCGAAAACACAGCUCGCUGAAGGAUGCAAUCUAUGUGCCAGCAGCUCACGCUGAUGAAAUCUAUCGUGGCCCGGUGAGCGUUUUGGUUUAACCUCUGUGAAGAGAAUGCAUCUUCUGCCCAUGUAUCAUUUAUCUUAUGUUAUAGAAAAACCUCUUUGUUAUAUGUCCUAUCCUUUUAAAAGUCUUAGGCCUCUAUUCUUUUCCUUCUCAUUGUUCAUUGUUUGUAAUAUUAUCAGUCCUCGGUUUGUAUAAUAGGCUUGUUCGAACAUUGUAAAUAGUUUGCAAAUGAAGCCCCCUUGAUAGGAUUUACAUUGCAUGGAAAGCCACCCCCCCAAAACACCCUCUCUCCAAAAGAUGAAAAAGAUGGAAGGGUAAAAAGAGAUGGGGGUGGGGUGGUUAGAAUAAUUCUUAUGGAAUAAUGAAUACUUCUAAUUUGAUAUUAUUGUCAAUACAUUUAUGGGCUCUACUUUGUAUGAA